AUGGGCAAACUACAGAAGAACGGUUUCCAGGGAGAGGCGUAUCAACCUCAAGAAGAGGUCUUUUUCAACGAUGGUCGCGAAAUCGCUCUUCUUCACUAUGUCUACAGCCACCCAGAGCUGGAGAACAUGCGCGGGCACCCUCAGAAGAUCCUCGAUGCCAUUGACGAAUAUGGCAGGACUAAGAAGUAUCUUAUGAAUAUCGGCGAAUAUAAGUCGAAAACGGUUGUCGACCUGAUCAGGGAAGUGAAGCCGCAGACUAUGGUAGAAAUUGGUGCAUAUGUUGGCUACUCUGCUAUCGCUUUCGCCUCAGCAGUCAAAGAUGCCGGCGGCAGGCGAUACUAUAGUUUGGAACACAACCCCGAGUUUGGUGCCGUGACUACAAUGCUCGUGGAUUUAGCGGGGCUCAGUGACAUUGUCAAGGUUGUUAUUGGGUCCAGCUCGGAUACUCUGAGGCGCCUGGCUAAGAAUAGAGAGAUUGAUCAUAUUGAUCUCUUGUUCCUCGACCACCAGAAGCCUCUUUACACACCAGAUCUGAUGCUGUGCGAGGAGCUUGGCCUAGUAGGACCUGGGUCGGUAUAUGCUGCAGACAAUGUUGUCAAACCUGGAAAUCCUCCUUACCUUGAAUAUGUAAGGAGCACCGUAGCGCAAAAAAAGAAGCGUUUUGCGGCCCUCGGACACGAUGGACUGAAAGGGAACCCCAAUCUCGUGUAUAAGAGCGAAUUUGUUGAGGGCUGGGAGCCAAGUGGAGUGCCUGACGCCUUGGAGAUUACGACGUGUGUAGAAUCCUGA